AAUGGUUCUAUCUCCUAUGCAAAGAAUCUUUUGCCAUUCAUUUAAAAAGCCCGCAAGAGUUUAGAUCAUUAUUGGAAGAGCACUACAAGUAUAAAAAUAAAAUGGGACUUUCUCAUGUAUUACAACGAAUUUCUUAUUGUUCUCUGCUAAAUCCCGCGAGAUUUCGCUCAAGUUCCUGUGCUUUUGGGAAAUUAUUUGAAAAUGCAACAACUUAUGGAAAAGUGCAAAGUUCAUGGAGGAUGUAUCACAAUAUGGUGAGAGAAAAGAUGGAAAUGGUGAAGCAUAUUCUGGAUUUAAAUGGUGAAGAAAAAAUGAAUUUUAUGAAUUCCUUCGACAUCGUGAUGACGGACUGUGAUGGAGUCAUUUGGUUUGGAUUGGGUGAAGUUCCUGGUGUUGGUGCAGCAUUAAAUGCCCUCGAAGAAUGCGGGAAACGUGUGGUGUACGUUUCUAACAACAGCACAAGACCCACAAAGGAUUACAAGAAAAAAAUUGAGAAACUCGGAGCGAAAUUUCAGGAGGAGAACCUCGUACAUCCUAUGGUGGCUAUUAUUGACUAUCUCAAUAAAAUAAAUUUUAAAGGAUUGAUCUAUUCUUUUGCAACGGAAUGCGCAAAUAAUCGUCUCCGUGAAGCUGGCUACGAAGUACUCGAUGGGCCUGUUGGGAAAGUCGAGGAAAAUCAUGAGAAAAUUCUAAAAUCCGUAAAUGAUGGUGCACCUGUAAGGCUAGUUAUUGCCGAAAGUGAUCUAAACUUUAAUCUCGCUAAAUUUUGGAGGGCAGACAUUUAUCUAAAGCACCCGGAAUGUGAUCUAAUUGUUGGCGCUAACGACAGACGAAUUCCUGUGACGCAGGAUUUUGAUAUACCCGGUCAAGCACCCAUUAUAAACUGCUUGGUAGGAUCCCUACCAGCGGGUAAAAGACCUAUUAUACUAGGGAAGCCUGGGGUGGAUCUCGGGGAGAUUCUAAUGAGCAGAUAUAACAUAAAAGAUGGCAAAAGAGUUCUAUUUGUGGGUGAUCUGAUUUGUACGGAUAUUAAAUUUGCCAGCAAUGUGGGAUUUCAGUCACUUCUUGUGCUGUCAGGAGGAAUAACAAGGGAGAGGAUGCUAGCCAACAAAGACACCACUGCCAUUCCCAACUACUACGCUGACUCUAUAUCUGAUUUUACAACAUUAAUCCGGAGUCUUUAGCUAGAAAAAGAUUUUCAUUAAACAUAAUCUUAAUUGUUCUUUAUGGUAAUGCUGUGAGUGGCCUUAGUAGCUAGAGGAUAGUACCAUGGCAAGGUGGACCAAGCGAACUAUAGACUGAUAAUUUGUACGCAAACAGCAGAAAAAUCUUGUAAUGAGCAAAAAUAAUAAUUGAAUCGUUAAGUUUGAAAAGGAACUUAACUCUUUUUUUUUUCGUUUUAAAAAAUGAAUUUGAAUUUGAAUUCCUGUCCAUAUUUUUAAACUCUUAACCUUUAUUCACUUAUCAAAAUAUUUGUUACAAAUAUGUAAAUAAAGAUAAAUUUAAGUAAAUUUUGUCGUUAAAUUUUACAAAAUAUAAAGAGAUGCAAUUUUAAAUUACAUUAAAGCAAAAUUUAUUGAGACCAAGGAAAAGGACUAUGAGAAGAAACAAUUAUAUUAAAAAAAUAAAUAGCAUUAUUCAUCUUUUUAGCUGUGAACAAUAUUUAUAUUUACUUAAAACAUCGAGUGCAAGAGAUAUUUAACUUUUUAUCCAUUAUUUAUUUAUUUAAUUAAGAUCAGGAUUAGGAACUAAUUCAAAAAUGAAUAAAGAUUAAGUUCUUAUUCCUUGCAAAAGUUUUAGCAUAAAAAUUUGUUUGUAGAAGUAAAAGAAAUUGUUGUAAUUUCCAAUAUAAGCGGGAAAAUUGAAAAUUGUCAUGCAAUAUGGGUUGACCAUUCCACAAAAUAUACAUUGAACGUGUGCGACGGUGGUGAGUGUAAGAAAUGUUCCCCAAUAGUUACAAAAUAAAGCUUUAAUGCCCCAAAAA